AUGGGACUCGGUGGGCGGCCGUUGCCACCACCGCCUCCGAACGCGGCCGAACGGGCCCACGAGAGCAACACGGAGUGGAUCUUGGGUGUCACCGGCCUCUUCUGCAGUCUCGGACUUCUGGCAAUUGGCUUGCGAGUCUAUGUGCGGGCCUCGAUAUCUAAGAUGGUGGGAUGGGACGAUUACACAAUGAUGUUCGCUGGGAUAACCAGCUUGGCCACCAUGAUAUGCUUCGGCGUACAAGCUAACUACGGCAUGGGCAAGCACUACGAAGCGAGAACUCAGGCCGACGAUACGAAUCUCCAAUUCGUCAGCUUCCUCCAGGCGAACAUCGGCCUCAUUCCCGGCCUUGCCAUUCUGAAAGUCUCCAUUGGACUGUCCCUCUUGAGGCUGAGCCGCACGCGUUGGUACAAUUAUGCGCUGUACGGCCUUCUCGCAUUCGUCGUGUUUUCGGAAAUUUUUGGAUCCUGUACCAUCAUCUUCUUCUGCAGUCCUGUUCGACAGUACUGGGAUGGCUCAGCUAAUGGGAAAUGCUAUCCUAUUACCCUCUUUGUCAAAUUUGGUGUCAUUCAUACUGGUUUCAACAUUGCCUCCGACGUCGCUUUCGCUACCUUGCCUAUCCCGAUCAUCUGGAACCUUCAGAUGAAAAAGUUGACACGCAUAUACUUGGUCGGUGUCUUUAGCUUGGGUUAUGUGGCCGUCGUUAUGGGCAUUAUACGAGCUGUUUACCAGAUCGGUUUCGGCGCAAGCCCAGACUCCGCGUUCUAUCAAAGGGUUCAGUUCUGGGGAUAUCUUCAGCUCAAAACUGGGAUUAUCGCGGCUUGCGCACCGACUCUGAAACCUCUCGUGGGCCGUUGGCUCAAUAUUGCGAGCAGCAAAGGAUACAGCUCCAACUUCUACGGCAACGCAAGCGGCGGCCAAUCGAGGCGACGAACUGGAUAUAUCGUACAGACGACACCGGUGGGACCUGGCUACGAGCUCAACGAAAGAAAGGAAUCCUCGGCGCAAGAGACAAGCAACUUCCAUGCGAGCGUCAAGGGCGGUCCUCUUGCAUCGGGUACUUACGGUAAACCAGACAGCUUGGGGGACCGAUCCGGAAGCGAGGAAAUGAUCCUGCCCAUCCCAGACGACGGCAAGGGCAUUGUCAUGAAGACAGAGGUUACCGUCCAAAGAACGUAGCGUGUUUAAAUGGGGUUCGCAAAAGCAAGAAACACUCUUUAUCGAGUGUAUGAGACACGCUGAGAGGAAACAGUUGAUCAAGCCUAUGAUGGUUAUAUACUCCCUCAGCUUCGAUGUGCGAUGUCAAAGAUCCUUGAUGCUCCUGGGUCCCGGAUGCCCAUUCUCCGUGGGUGGUUCCCCGGGAAGGAUGGCGACUAACCCUGAUCAUCCAUGACCUUUGUCAGAGUAAACAUUUGGUAUAGAGUCAUAUUAAGGUACUGUUCGAUUUGA